GACAGCCAUCCUCAUCUAUGUUUAAUCAUGAAUUAUUAAUUAUUUUUAUUCAUUCUUACUUGGGUGCAAAACUUUUAAUUUAUUUGAAUUCAGACCAUUAAUUAAUUAUUAAUUAUUAAUUAUUAGAAAUUAGAAAUAGAAUCCCCUCUCUAAUCUUUCCCCCUUCUCUCUGCAACCCUAAACCAUCUCUAAUUCCCUCUUCAAUUUCACAUUCACCUCUCUCCAAUUUUGAAUUCAAUCCUCAAUAUUCCUCCGGGGCGGGGGAAUUCGAUCGAUCAAUCGCCCAUUCUUUCUUUUCUUCCCUGCUUGUUGGGAUGACCUGAAAUUUCGUUUCUUCUUUUAUUUACAUAUUUAUACAAAAAAAAAAAAGAUACGAGAUAGGCAGAAACUAGGGGGGGUAAAGAUGCCUGUUCAGGAGUUGCAGAUGAACCCUCAAAUGGAGCAGAUCCAUGGCGAAAUCCGCGACACCAUCCGUGCCCUCGCUAAUGGCUUCCAAAAGCUGGACAAAAUCAAAGACUCGAAUAGACAAAGUAAACAGCUGGAGGAGCUUGCUGGCAAGAUGAGGGAGUGUAAAAGAUUGAUUAAAGAAUUUGAUCGUGAAAUUAAAGACGAGGAAAGUAGAAAUCCUACGGAGGUGAAUAAGCAACUUAAUGAUGAGAAGCAAUCAAUGAUCAAGGAGUUGAAUUCCUUUGUAGCCUUGAGGAAAACCUACAUAAGCACUCUUGGGAAUAAGAGAGUUGAACUUUUUGAUAUGGGAGCUGGUGCCAGUGAGCCGACAGCUGAUGAGAAUGUUCAAGUGGCAUCAGAAAUGUCAAACCAGGAGCUUAUUCAUGCCGGAAUGAAGACAAUGGAUGAAACUGACCAAGCUAUUGAACGUUCCAAACAAGUUGUUCACCAAACUAUUGAAGUGGGAACAGAAACUGCUACAACUUUGAAAGGCCAAACUGACCAAAUGGGUCGCAUAGUCAAUGAACUGGAUACAAUACAAUUCUCCAUUAAAAAGGCAUCACAGCUUGUAAAGGAGAUUGGUAGACAGGUGGCUACUGAUAAAUGCAUCAUGCUUUUUCUUUUCCUGAUUGUAUGCGGGGUUGUUGCAAUAAUCGUCGUGAAGAUUGUGAAUCCGAACAAUAAAAGCAUAAGGGAUAUACCUGGACUGGCUCCACCUGCUCCUACGACGAGGAGAUUGUUGUAUGUAAAGCCUGCACAAUACUUUUGAGGUAAAAAGGGGUCACUAUGCAAAACCAAUUUUCAUUUAUUCCUGUUGUGUUGUUCUAGUCUGGUUUGUGCUUGAGAUGUGUGCAUAUAUGUAUCUACUUUAUGUAAAGCAUAUAUAUAAUUGUUGUUGUUUUUAUUUUUCUUGGUUUUUCGUAUUUUCAUUUAUUCACUUGUGCUGAUUGGUUUGGAUGCUAUUAUCAUUGUAAACAAUUAAAGAGGAAACUUUGUUACUCUGAGCGAAAAAUUAAUAUUGUAUUCUUAUAUUCAUUU